CUAAAUGACAGAAUGGCCCCCAGGGAUUUGGCAAUAGCAGUCAUCUUCUUAUCACAGACGAUAGUUGGAAUCCUGGGCAAUUUCUCUCUUCUUCACCAUUAUGUCUUCCAUUACCACACCGAAGGGAGUUUGAGACCCACAGAGUUGAUCCUCAUGCACCUGAUUAUAGCCAACUCCUUGACGAUGCUCUCAAAAGGUGUCCCCCAGACAUUGGCAGCUUUUGGGCUGCAAUAUUUCCUCAAUGAGUUUGGAUGCAAACUUCUUUUGUAUGUUCAGAGGGUGGGCAGGGGAAUGUCCAUUGGCAGCACCUGCCUCUUGAGUGUCUUCCAGACCAUCACGAUCAGCCCCAUGAACUCCUGUUGGAAGGAUCUUAAAACCAAAGCCCCAAAGUACAUUGGCUUCUCCAUUUCCCUCUGUUGGAUCCAGUUCACGUUUGUAAAUUUAAUUUUUCCUAUGUAUGUGUUAUAUGCAUCUAACGACUGGCACAUGAAAAACAUCACAAAGAAACGAGAUUUGGGGUAUUGUCUUUCUGUAGAUACUGAGACAAUCACAGUUUCUGUAUAUGCAGCAUUGAUAGUAUUUCCUGAAGUUUCACUUUCUGGGCUCACGAUCUGGACCAGUGGCUCCAUGGUCUUACUCCUGCACAGACACAAGCAGCGGGUCCAGCACAUUCACAGCACUAAUGUCACCCCCAGAUCCUCUGCUGAGUCCAGAGCCACCCAGAGCAUCCUCGUCCUCGUGAGCACCUUUGUGUCUUUCCACUCCCUCUCCUCCGUCUUUCAUGCUUGUAUUGCUCUUAUUUAUAAUCCCAGCUGGUGGCUGGUGAACACCGCUGCAGUAAUUUCCGUGUGCUUUCCAGCCAUCAGCCCAUUUCUGCUCAUGAGACAAGACUCCACAGUAUGUAGGCUCUGCUUUUCCUGGAUAAGGAACACAAAAUCCCCUAAUCUUACCAGAAAAAAUGUGAAUUGUAUGUGUCUGAGCAAUGCCCAGUUGUUUAUUUACUCCUCCUGCUGGAAAAGUCAAUACAGAACCUAG